AUGUCAAUUAGUGAAGGUCUCCAGGGCAAAUGGUUGCCAGUAGUGACUUCGAUUAUACUUCUCUUAACUUUUUGGGGUUUAGUUAGAUAUGCGCUACCAAAGUUCUUAUUGAACCCACCACAAGAUUGCCAGGACAAUCCCUAUAAGCAAUUGCAUCUAUUAAAUUCAAAUGGGAUAUUCAACAUUUUUGCAAUGCUGAGAAGAGGGGCAGUUAGAAGAUCUUUAAUUUUAACUUCGAACCAUCCAAACAAAUUUACGAAUAAAUCUCAGAAAAAGAUAGAAGCUAAAGGAAUGUUAGACUACCUUUCGGCUGAACAAAGAGAAUUGAAAAAGACCAGGAAGCUUUAUGGAUUUUUCCAUCCAUAUUGUAAUGCAGGUGGUGGGGGUGAAAAAGUGUUAUGGAAGGCUGUGGAAACUACUCUAAAUUAUGAUGAAAAUAACUUAGUAAUAAUUUACACUGGUGAUAAUGAUGUUGAUGGGGAAACCAUAUUAAAAAAUGUAAACAAAACCUUUGAUUAUCAAUUAGAUACUGGGAGAAUAGUUUUUAUUUUUUUAAACUACAGAUGGUUAGUGGACGAUAAAACAUGGUCCCAUUUCACACUAUUGGGCCAAGCUAUUGGUUCGAUGAUUUUAACUGCUGAAGCUGUAUUGAAAUGCCCACCUGACAUAUGGUGUGAUACCAUGGGCUACCCAUUUGGAUAUCCAGUGGUUCACAUUUUAAUAAGAAUUCCAGUGCUUGCGUACACUCACUAUCCAAUUAUUUCUACAGAUAUGUUAAAAAAAUUAAAAUCACAGGCACCUUCAAUGAAGAACAAGAUUAAAUACUAUUAUUGGAAACUGUUUAUGUUUUGGUAUAAAUUGGUUGGACGUUAUGUUACAAUAUCUAUGACGAAUUCUACAUGGACAUUCAACCAUGUAAAUAAAAUAUGGUCGCAUUUUACUUCGCCGCUACAAUCUAAGAUAGUGUAUCCUCCUUGCUCCAGUGAAAAACUUGCUACUCAAGAAGACAUACCCAGAAAAAAUCAAGCUGUUAUUCUCGCCCAAUUUAGACCAGAGAAAAGACAUAAGUUAAUUAUCGAAUCUUAUGCAAACUUUCUGAAGGAAAAAGAUGAAACUGCCCUACCACCAAAGCUAAUAUUUAUCGGUUCAACAAGAUCUCAAUUAGACAAAGAUUAUGUGGCAACGCUAGAGAAAUAUUGCUUUGAAGACUUAAAAAUCCCUCAGAGUUUAAUAGAAUUCUUGACAGAUUGCCCCUAUGACGAGAUUAAGAAAAUAUUGAAUGAAUCCACUUUUGGUAUCAAUAGUAUGUGGAAUGAACAUUUUGGUAUUGCAGUUGUAGAAUACUUAGCUUCUGGACUAAUCCCCUUAGUGCAUGCAUCUGCAGGCCCAUUGUUAGAUAUUGUUGUGCCCUGGGAUAUAGUGGCGAACAAACAGAUGGAACAAGGCGAUUCUACGUUUAAGACUGGUUUCUUUUUCACUGAUAAUAGUGAUCCGGAUUAUUCACCUACCAAGAAAUAUCCAACGUUAGCGGAAUUGUUUAACCGUGUUUGUAGCUUAACUACUGAAGAAAAGUUUGCCAUUUCUGAGAGAGGAAAAUGCUGCGCUUUAACCAAGUUUUCAGAUAUGGCAUUUGAUGAGGCAUGGGAUGGGGUCUUGGAUACAUUAACAGAAAAUACAUCUUUGGAUAAUAACAAAAAGGAUCGUUAA